AUGGUCAAGAGAGAUCGAAGUGCUGAGUUAAUAAAAAGCAUAAAAGGUUAUCAAAGCAAAUUAAAAAGCCAACUUAAUCGAUUAUGGAGCUGUACAGCUCGAAGAGCGGACUGUCAAAGUCAAAGGAUGCUGACGUUGGUUUCUGUUUUGGUUGAGUUUGCUGAGGUUGUAUUUGUGUGGGAGCUCGAGCUCGAAGAAGCAUGCCCAAGUCGCCCUACCUUACAAUCCCGGUUAGGCCAAGCCGGCCUUACUCGGAUGGCAAUUUCCACAUAUCCAGCAAACUUGACUCAACCGAAGAAGCUUCUUUUACACAUGGAACCCUCGCUAUCUUCUCCUUUCAGACGCUGA